CAUUAGGCUCUCUCUCUCUCUCUCUCUCUCUCUCUCUCUCUCUCUCUCUCUCUCUCUCUCUCUCUCUCUCUCCCUCAGUUUUACUCACUCUCUGUAACGUGUCAAAGCCAACCAAUUAAAGAAUGAAUUUCUCGUUUAGAAAACCAACACCGUCUUCAGAUUGGUUGGCUCUCGCUAAGAAGCUGGAAUAUGUGCAACAGUACAACUUUCCAUACAUCGAUGAUGUCAGUAAAUUCGGCGAAAUGUUAAUAAUCGGCGAGGGCACGUUUGGGAAAGUGUUCAAGGCCAGGAAUAAGCACACGGAAAAGUUUGUGGCUCUGAAGUUGAUUAUGGUGUUUAACGAAGAAGGUUUCCCAAUGACGGCGAUUCGAGAAAUCAAGAUCCUGCAGCGACUCGAUCACGUAAACAUCGUGCAUCUUAUCGAGAUCUGCAAGUCUAGAGGAUCACCGGAAAACUACUUCAAAGCAAAUUUCUUCCUCGUUAUGGAGUUCUGCGAACACGAUCUCGCCGCAUUCCUGCUCAACAAAAACGUGACAUUAAAAUUGGAAGAGAUAAAAAUGAUGCUCAAAAUGAUGCUCAACGGGCUGUUCUACCUACACAGCAACAAGAUCCUCCAUAGGGACCUCAAACCGGCAAAUAUUCUUCUGACGAGAACCGGCAUCUUGAAACUGGCAGAUUUCGGUCUGGCGCGUCCCUUUAGCACAUCAACCGCCGCCAAGCGGAACUGCAUGACCGUUAAGGUCGUUACGCUAUGGUACCGAGCACCGGAAUUACAUUUGGGAGACAGGGACUACGGGCCGCCGAUCGACUUGUGGUCAGCGGGUUGUAUCAUGGCUGAAUUAUGGACGAGGCGUCCGUUGAUGAUAGCUGAUUCUGAGCAAAUGCAUUUGCAGAUGAUUUCCGGACUGUGCGGAUCGAUCAACACAGAGGUCUGGCCAGAUGUCAAUAAAUUACCACUCUUUAAGGUUGUCAAACUUCCUCAGCACUGCGAUCGAAAGAUAUGCAAAUUAUUGAGGCCCCGCAUAAACAAUGACAAAGCAUUGGACCUGUUGGAUAAGCUUCUGAUUCUCGAUCCGAAAAAACGCAUCGACGCUAAUGAUGCUCUGGACCACGAGUUCUUAUGGACGAAUCCUCUGCCGUGCGAUCUCAGCCCCUUGAUGCGCCAGUACGAUAGGUCGAACUUUUCAAUUAUUUAUAACCGCCGCUGAAAAAUUGAAUGAUAUCGCAUUUAUAGUAUACAGAAUCAUUGACGUGAUAUGAUGUAGCAGCAAGUAUUAAUUAUACUAUUGUACUAUCAGUAUUAACAUAUUAUGAUAUCAGAUUUUUUAAUUAAUAUGUAAUAAUUAAUUAAUAUUACGUGAAAAAUAACUGUAUAUUUGUAUUUUUAAGUUUUUGUAAAAAUUUUUAUAAUGUCAAUCAUUUAAUUGAUAUGUAUGUUGCAUGUUGUACCUAUACAUUUGAAAAGUUUUUAACAGACAUUGUUAUAGAGUAACAUUUUGCUCUUUAAAUACAGAAGACAGCUUUUUUAAUUUUGCA